AUGGAUAGCAAAGAGUACCUGAAAUCUUAUGGAUGGAACGAAGGAGAAGCUUUGAGUAAGGGCGGUCUAAAAAAACCUAUAUUAGUUAAACACAAAAGAGACAAGAAAGGUUUAGGCGGUGCACCAGGGCACGAUGACGGCGAAGCUUGGUGGGAAAGAUUGUUUGAUGGGCAGCUUAAAAGCCUAGAUGUUUCAAGUAGCGUAUCAAGUGGUAUUAUUUUCAAACAUAACGAAGCUGUUACUUCUGCAGUUUCGAAAAAUGCAUCCCCAUUAUAUAGAUGGUUCGUGAGAGGUGAAGGAUUAAAAGGUACCAUCAGCACAGAAUGUACAAAUAGCAAUCCUGCAGUAAUAGCUGUGACCAAACUGAGAUCGAGCAAAAGAGAACUAGCUGAUGCUUAUUCUGAUGAUGAUAGAAAUAUCAAGAAACGUAAGAAAUUAAAUAGAUCGACAAGGGAAAAAUCGAAAAAGGAGAUGAAGGAGAUGAAGAAGGAGAUGAAGAAGGAGAUGAAGAAGGAGCUGAAGAAGAAGGAUAAAAAGGAUAAGAAGGAUAAGAAGAAGGAUAAGAAGUAA